AUGGCUCGCCCACGAAUAAUAAUACCCACAGUGCUCCUAGCAGUGCUGUGUCUCGGCCUCUACGGCUUCUUCGGCCGCAGCAAAUCUCCCCACUCCCUCGAAUCCCUCUACUCCCACCGCCACCCCACCGCAGCACCCACAACCCUCCGCACCACCUCCUUCAGCCCCUCCGACCAAUCGCUCAUCGCCCGCAAACCCCGCUAUGCCAUCACCUCGAGCGUCCAAACCGCCUCCUUCACCGCAAUGGCCCUCCUCCUCGGCUACUCCAUCCAAAAGCACAACGACCUGGCAGCCAUGGACGCCGAGCUCGUGCUGCUGAUCCGCGAAGACGCCGUCGACGGCGUGACGGCCGAGAACAAGACGCGCCUCGAGGCCGCCGGCUGGAAGAUCCGCGUCGCCGAGGAGCUGACGUUCGACGGCGUCGACAACUCGGCCAUCCGCUCGCACCACCGGCACAACCUCAACAAGCUGCAUCUGUGGACGUGGACGGAGUAUGAGAAGAUCCUGUUUAUCGAUGCGGACGUGGUGUGCAAGGGGUCGCUGGCGGAGCUGUGGGCCAUGCCGGGCGAUUUUGCGGCCGCGCCGGAUGUGUGGUGGGAUGUCAUUACGGAUAGUAGGUUUAAUUCGGGGGUCGUGGUGUUUAGGCCCGGCGUGGAGACGUUCAGUGAUAUGAUAAAGAAGGUGUCGGAUCCGGCGUAUCAUCAGCCGAAUGAUGCGGAUCAGGCGUUUCUGAAUGCGUAUUAUCGGUUUAGGUUCUUUGGGCUGCCGUAUAAAUAUAAUUUCAAUCUGGUUAUGUAUCAAUUCCACCGCGAGGCGUGGGAUAUGCUGUGGGAUGAGGCGGUUUUGAUCCAUUUUACGGUCAAGAAGCCGCGGUCGAGUCCGGACGAGCACUGCCAUGAGGACUGCCAGGAGUGGGAGGUUCUUGAGUGGUACGGCCAAUACUUCCGCGAGAUGCGUGCAUAUUAUGGCUGGGAUAACGAGCUGCCAGACUAUCAGUAA